GCGGAGAGCGCUUAGCCACUGACAGCAGUUCAGGAGUAUGAGAAGCUGAAAGUAUGGAGCUCUGCACUAGGAUGAGUCCCGUAACCUCCACAGCUUGGUACAGCCAUGGGAGGAAUACGGAGCUGAGUGGUCAGAAGAGAAAAUAAGUAGCCAAGGACUCCUGAUUGCUGAACCUGACGUAACUGCCCAGAUGGACCAAGGAGAAGAACAAGAUCAUGAGGCCUUGGAGGAGACACACAUGGGUGGUGAGGUAGAUCCCCUUCCAGAUCACCUUGCAAGUGCAGAUCUGCUGUUGCCAGUGGGGUCCAGAGGAGGAGAGGAACAGUUGGGGGACAGCCAUGGAAGUCAGCACGGUUCCUCAGAGGCUCCGCAGGGUGGCUGUGAGGAGGAGGAGGAGACUAAGCUGCAUUGCUCUGAUAUCAGCUUGGUGAAAAGACAGGAGGGAAGAGUGGCAGCAACCUCACGGCGAGCCCCUCGUGCAGAGCGGCCCACCAUCUGCUCUGAGUGUGGCAAGGGCUUCAGUCGGAGCAUCCACCUCAUCCAGCACCAGCGAAUGCACACGGGGGAGCGCCCGUUCCUGUGCGGGGAGUGUGGCAAGGGCUUCAGCCAGAGCUCCCAUCUCAUCCAGCACCGGCGGGUCCACACAGGCCAGAAACCCUACACCUGUGCCGAGUGUGGGAAGAGCUUCAGCCAGAGCUCCAACCUCCUCAAGCACCAGCGCAUCCACACCGGGCUCAAACCCUACGUAUGCAGUGAGUGCGGGAAGAUCUUCAGUGACAGCUCCACCUGCAUCAAGCACCAGCGUAUGCACACAGGUGAGCGGCCCUACAAGUGCCCAGCCUGCGGGAAAAGCUUCAGCCAACACUCCCACCUCCUUCAGCACCAGCGAGCCCACGACGGCAUCCGGCCUUACGCCUGUGGGCAGUGUGGCAAACGUUUUGGGCAGAGCUCUGACCUCAUUAACCACGCUCGUACCCACACUGGCGAGAAGCCUUACAAAUGCAGCCAGUGCGGCCGGGGCUUCAGUGGCAACUCCAACCUCAUCAAGCAUACCCGCAUCCACACUGGGGAGCAGCCGUACCGCUGCACCCAGUGUGGGGAAAGCUUUCGGUUCCAGCCCCAGCUGGUGCGCCACCAGAAGCACCAUACGGAGUAGCUGGUGGGGAGGAGAAGGCCAUGUGGACCGUAGGCAGCUACCUGGUGUUGGGAAGACAGGCAGCUGCUCCCUGGACACCUCAUAUGGGGCGUGAAUUUUGGGGGAGGGAGCCCUGAGAGCCUGUCCCCUUUUCUUCUGGGUAAAUGUGUUUGUGAGCACUGCCCAGACACUCGAGCAAAGAGGGAGGCCGCUGCCAAACUAACUAGUGCAUGUUCACUGCGGUGCGGUGGUGGUUCUGAGCCCCUCUUUUGGGAAUGGGGAUAAGAAAGGUGCUUAUACAGUAUGGUACGUUCAAGGCCAGAGAGGAGAACAUAGAGACGUUCCAAGGAUCAGUGCCUUUUUCUGUUAUUUCUGGUGGGGAGUGAUUUUUAUCCCAGUAAAAAACAGCUAAAAUCUGUACCCGUUUUCUGUACAAGCUGCCUAGGUUUUCCCUCGCGGUAAGGCCACAGCCUGGGAUGAUGGCUCCCCUUAGAAUCCACAUCUCCCACUUGCCGGUAUUUUUGGUUUUAGGUGGUGUUAGCAUCUAUUUAUUUUAAAACCCCACAAGACUGUGCUGGGUACCUCUGCGUACAUGUUGUGGGCCCAGCUGAUGCUCUGUUGGGGCCACGUCUAUGGAACGGUAUUUUUGCUGGGUUGUAUGGUUGUUAAAUUGACAGUUCCACAAAUUACGCUGCUGUCUGACAGCUUAGUGCUCAGCAGCAAUUAAGUAAAUUAACAUCCUAAUAGGUAUUUCUCUCAGAUUCUUGUUUAGGUGCUUUUGUGGGUGGCACUUUAUGAAUGUUUUUAUAAGGCUUUUAAAAGUAUUUAGGAUGACUUUUUUAAUUGUGUUCUUCUAAUUGUCAGUUGAUGAACAGAAAAAGGAUGACAUUUGAAAAAUAAGCUAUGUCAAACUUUGAUUUUAUAUUAAAUGUUAAACAGUUUUUCUUGCAUAAAA